AGGUAGGGGCGGGGCCCUGCUUAGCGCGCGCGGACUAAUCACGCAGUUAGGUCACGGCGAAGAGUGGCCGGCCUAUAUAUACGGGCUGGGAGGCGGCGCUCGGCACCAAGACACUGCGUCGAGGGCUCGCAGACGGGAGUAAAUAAAGUGCCGCGUGUUCGGGUGUUUUUUCUCGGGGGAGGACAGCAAAGCGGUUAAGAAACCUCAAGAUGGCCAGCGGUCCCGCAGUCGUGAGGGUGAGGCUGGCGAUCAAGGUCCUGGAGCUGAUAAUUUCCUGUAUCUGCAUAGCACUGCAUGCACACUCAGUUUUUGAAAAAUAUUCUGAGUCCAUCCUGCUACCAAUAGUAUACGGAGGAUACGUCAUCAUUCUUGCAGGCCUUAUUCUGGGAUACGUCACUAAGGAAAGAGCACCAAAGAAAGUUGACCUGCUCUACACUGCCGCGGCCGUGCCGCUGUUCGUGGCCGCAGGCGCCGUGGGGGUGCACUUCUACCACAACACCGGCUACCGGUUCCGCUUCGGCAACAUCACCAUCAACACGGGGCUGGCCUGCGGGUCGCUCGGCAUCAUCAACGCGGGCUUCUUUCUGCUGGACGCCGUGCUCGGGGUCAUGGACAACACCGACAUGGCCCCGAGGGUGUGAUGACCCCCGCCGGUCACGUCACCCGCCCCUGCCGCGGUCGACACCACACCCCAGGUCCGCGUUCCAGCUGAGGAGUUCCCCAGCCAGAGACUUGCAUCACCGUCAUUCCACUCUCUGGAACCGAUCUAGCCUAAUAAAACAUUUUAUACUAACUCCAAAAUUAGCUGUUUAUGGGGGACAGGAAAACGAAGGGUUGAUUAAUGAGAAGGUAUCACUAUCUAUAAAAAGGGGAUUCAAAAAAAAAAAACCAUCUGGAAGAAAUUACCCUAACCUCAUCCAAAUGUACCGGACGAGCCGUAACAUGAUCUCAACUACCCUGAUUUCUGACGAGAAUGAUCCAGAGAACCAAUAUCUAACUGUCCCUCCAGAUCCUGGCCCACCACCUGUCUCCCCAAGAUCUUUAACACCUUGCAGCUCAGAAAAAAAUAUUUAUGCGAGAGAGAUUACCAACAUAAGCAAAAACAGCCUAGUGACCAUUGCAGUCAGAAAAUACUAUUUUUAAAUUAACAGCGAAAACUAUAACUAAACCAAAAAGAAAUGUUAAACCUGUGGACACUUUUUUCUUAAGGACAAUCGCUUUGUGACCAUAUUUUUUAUACUAGAAUUAAAUUUCAUAAUAAAUUGCAAGUUGAGACAAACUACAAGACUUGAAAUUACAAAAUGAGUGAGAAUAGCUAUCCUUGCAGUAUUCUUUUUUUGGCAAAAAACAAUUUGCAAAUUUCUUAAAUUUCUGCUUUGGUACACUUGAAUCUUGGGUGUGAUGUUGACAAAUGUACAUGUGUUGCAAAAACAUUCCUAGAAAAGAGUUUCUUGGAAACAGAACUGAUUCUCUAUUAAGUAUUAUUAGAGGAUGUAAUAUUGUGUACUUAAAAAAACUUGUAUGUUUAAAUAUGAUUAAGUUUACUUUUUUGUUUACUGUAUUUUACCAUUGUUAUGUAGAAAACUAAGUAUGAGUACUUAUCUGAAUUUCAAACAAAAACAUUUUAAUUACAUUUUAAGUACUGAAAGAAUGAUAAUUUGAACUGCUUUCUCUGUACAUAUGUUGAAAUAUUUCCAGUUCAUAUUGCAAAUACACUGAAAUAUAACAUACACACACACACGAUUAAGUGAAAUAUAUAAAUGCGUGUACACUGUAACAACUUUAUUAUAGUUUUAUAUUUUACAGCAAACAGAACUAUUAUUUUCUCACGAGAUAAGUUUUGUAGGAAAAUUUCCUGAUACUUAAAUAAAAUGUAAAAUAAUCUUACUAAAUAUUAUUACUACUAAUCCUCUCAUACAUUACACACACGAUUCAAUUUAUCAAUUUAACAAUACCUCCUGAUACAAACACAAAAAUUUGAUACAUAAUUAUAACUCUACCAAUGAACAGAAACAGUCUGUUGUCAAUAAUUGUAAUACAGCUACAAAAAAAUUGAAAGUCAUUAUUUUCUACAUAAAUGUAGGUAGUUAUAAAAUAAAGAGAAAAAAAAAACAACACUUUCAAAACUUUUAGACAACUGUGUUGUUAGCUGUAAUGUUUUUUAAAACAUGUAUGUAUAUUUAAAUAAUAGAAUAUAAGAUUUUAUAUCAAGUGUUAAUAAAUAACAUAAAUUUAUUAAAGUAAUAUGUUUUGAAUGAAUUAAUGAAUAAAUAAAUUACCAUUGUAAAAAA